UUGUUAUACUUACUACAUUACAGUUACAUUCAAAAGGUGUGCACAUGGUUUGGCUUACCAGCUAUUGACGAUUCAAGCUUGUGGAGUGACGAUUUAUGUGAAUUUCUGGUGUCGGUCAUGAAUCUCUUUGUAGUGAUUGAUGAAUACAAACUCCGCAACGAUGAGAUUGUUGAUGCUUGGAGAAAGUACCUCCAUCUGCUCACGGCGUUGCCGGUAAACUUUUGGCGGCAAGUGCCUGCUCGCUAUUGGCUUGAAGAAAAGGCAGAGCGCCUAGAGCACUUGGGCACCACUCGGGAUCGUUUUAGGAAGAAAAGUUCGAUUUCUCCUGCUGUGCGUGAUAGUCCCUUCCGUCCCAGAGAAGAAAACAAGACUGUCAUCUCUCCGGAUGUCACAUUUGAAGAUGCCUUUGCCCCUGCCCUUUGGGAAGAGUGCGAGAAACGAAAACCACCUUUUGACUAUCGCGAGUUGUCUGAAAUUCCUGUCAUUAAGGACAUUUAUAACACUGGUGCAUUUCCUCAAUUUUCAUUCACAAUCCACAAUCUAAUAUGGAAAAUUAUCGCUGGCCUUUGCAGAAGCUCCGUAUUUGCGUCGUGCUAUCAUUGA